AUGGAAUCUCAAAGACAAGACGAGGUGUCCGAUGAGGAUAUUCCGAGUGAUUUUUUUGAUGACUUUAACAAGGAUGAAUUUAUAGAAGGUCUUAGUGUAAUAGAUAGCUGGGAUGUUCAGGAAGGUGUUCAAACGAAAGCCUCCCGAUCACGUUUAAAUUCUGCAGUGGAUGGCGUACGAGAUCUACGGGAACUCAUUCGUGACGGACGUGACGAUGAAUUGGAGAUGAUGCAGCAUGAAAGAGGUCGCUCAAGAACUCCAACAAGAUAUGAAAAGCAUUCUCCAGUUAAACAUAAAGAUUCAUUCCUGUAUCCAAGUGAAACACCCCAAACAUCAAUGCAAGUUUCAGUGCCGCCUAAUCCAGUACCAUAUCAAAGUGACAAGGGAAAGUUUUACUUAAACUCCACCUUACCUGAAUAUCCUGCUACUGCACCAGGGUAUUCUUAUGUUCAAGGCACACCUUAUCCAUGUCCUCCCAUGGUCCCACCACCUCAGGAAUGUGCUACUGCUAUUGCCCCAGCUCCACUUGCAAGUAAUAUGCCUGCUCCACAGGAAAAACCAUUUGAUGCAUUAGCAAAAUUGGUUAUUGAGGGCAAGAUUUCUAAAGAAGACUAUCUUAAAUUGACACCAAAUAAAGGUACAUAUAAGGACAAACCUAUAGACACCCAUGUCAAAGCAAAGGUUUUAAAUCGCUGCAUUGAAGCGUUGGCUAAGCUUACUAAAUUAGAAUUACCGAAUCGUUUGUUAAUAAGCACUGAUCUAAUUGGUCAAGAAACGAAAAGUCUUACCCCCAAGUUUUGUUCUCCAUUAAAGAGGCAAGAGAUGGUCGAUUUCAAUUUUACGAAAACAAAUGGCAAAACGGAUAUAGUUCAGCAAAAUAGACAAGUGAUUGACAGCAUAAUUUCUACUAUAGGGCUAACUGACUUGAUCUCCCGUCCGAAAAAGCUUAAUCCAACAAACUCCAAAGAUGCAGCGGUCCAAACCACGAAGCCUUUCUGUGAAGUGUGUCUGAUACGCGAUUCUACGAAAACUUACGAGGCGGGGACUUCGACCGAUAUUGAAAAUUUUACGUCGACUGUGCAUACUCAGGUCGUGGAGCAGGACUUAAUGAGUUCAAAGUCCGUUUUCAACCCAAGCGGAUGCGUCACUGACAAUGAGCACAUCUCGAUCGCCCACCUCACACCGGCACAACUGGUGUCGCAGCUCGCGGCGCGUGCGAAGACCCUACAGCAGUCCAAUCCAGUGCCGCGCCAAUUCAACAGGCGGAAUCCUGGAAACAACUACGCCGGCGGCGCAAGUAAUGACGACAAGUUCUACGGUCAUCCUUACCAC